CCUUCCUCCCCCCGCCUUAAGCUCCACGGCGCUCGGCGGAACCAAAAUGCGAGGGGCCACGCGGGGAGGGAACGCCGAAGCAGGAAAGGAGCCGGAGACAUGAGCACCACCAAGGACGUGACCUGCAGGUAUUUUAUGCAAGGAAUAUGCCGUGAAGGAAGUAGGUGCCUAUUCUCACAUGAUUUGUCUACAAGCAAACCAUCGACUAUCUGCAAAUUCUAUCAGAAAGGACAGUGUGCCUAUGGCUCUCGCUGCAGAUACGACCACAUCAGACCUUCUCCAUCGGGUAGUGUGGUGGGCACAAAGACACUUUACUCUCCUGCACCACCGUUCCACAGCCUUAACUCUCAACCAGAGCAAAGCGCACCUGUAAUCAAAAGUAAAGUACACGAGCCUGGAAAACGGGAAAAGAAAACAUUAGUGCUCAAGGACAGAGAUCUAUGUGGAUCAAAUGAGGAAAGGACGAGAUCCAACACUGUGAGUGAUUCAGCAUGUUGCAGUAUCCCAAGUUAUACUCCAGAAACAAAGCCUCAUUCAUACUUGGAAGCAAUCUGCAGUGGGCUUGAAGAAGAAGAUGCUGAACCUGGCAGUUCAUACACUGAUGGCGAACAGCUGUGUCCCUAUGCGGCUGCUGGCGCAUGCCAGUUUGGUGACCGAUGCCUCUAUCUCCAUGGACAAAUGUGUGAAAUCUGUGGGUUGCAAGUACUUCAUCCUUUUGACCCAGAGCAGAGGAAGGCUCAUGAAAAGAUGUGCAUGGCUACAUUUGAACAUGAGAUGGAGAAGGCAUUUGCCUUUCAGGCAAGUCAGGACAAGAUAUGCAGUAUCUGCAUGGAGGUGGUCUAUGAUAAACCGUCGGCAUCUGAGAGAAGAUUCGGAAUCCUUUCCAACUGCAAUCACACAUACUGUUUGUCUUGUAUCCGCCAGUGGAGGGGUGUAAAGCAGUUUGAGAAUCCUAUCAUAAAGUCCUGUCCAGAGUGUCGUGUGAUAUCAGAGUUCGUAAUUCCAAGUGUGUAUUGGGUAGAAGACCAGACCAAAAAGAAUGAACUGAUCGAAGCAUUUAAGGAGGGAGUGGGGAGAAAGCCCUGCAAGUAUUUUGAGCAGGGUAAGGGGACAUGUCCAUUUGGGGGAAAGUGUCUGUACCUCCAUGCCUACCCAGAUGGGAGAAGAGCUGAACCAGAGAAACCACGGAAACAGCUUAGCUCCGAGGGGACAGUCCGGUUUCUAAAUUCUGUUCGACUCUGGGAUUUUAUUGAGGACCGAGAAAGUAGGACACCACCAGUUGCCCAUGAAGAAGAAGAAGUGACUGAGCUUGGAGAACUUUUCAUGCACCUCUCAGGAGCUGAUGCAGAAUCUGCUACUCAUUAAUACAAAAUCUCCGUAUCUCAAUCCUCCUGUUCCCUAAAUCUCUUGGUACUGUUUACCAUAAUAGAAUUACUGUGCCAUGGCAACUGAGGUCCUGGUGAAAAUUCAGUAAGAGACCAUCACUGUCGAGCAAAACCAUUGAAGUAGAAUAGGACUCUAAAUAAAAGUGGUCAACAGAGGAACUUCCCUUGGUUUUUCAAUCUCAGGGUAGGAGAUACUUCCCAGUCUGAAAGGGAGAGCUGUUCUUCAGGUUUUUAAAAAACAAACCUUGCUGCUUUCAGACUCCAGGAAGAGGCAACUAAAUGACCCAUUUUAGAAUUAGUUUUGGCAAUACCAGAAAAAACUAAUGGCAUCAAACAAGUUUUUGCAGAUAUUUGUCCUGCCUUCCUUCAGUAAACUGCAAAAUGAAGAAUGAAUUACCUAUUUGUAGUUAAACUUGGUUGCAGUGUACAUGACCAAUUUUUAAAGAUAUUGUAGCUUGUAUUUCUUUAAAUGUUUAUUGGUUGUAUUUAGAUUACUAAAUAUGAAUACUUCACCACCAGCUAAAAUAAUCACAGUCCUUCACUGGUAAAUAUGUACACUUUUAAAAUAUAGAUUAAAGACUAGGAGUCCAAACAUAAGUAGUCAGUCUGAACAAAGCCAGACAGCUUGCAUUGCUUGAUACAGAAGUAAGGAGUUUUCUUUUCUGCACUCAGUUCUCUUUGUGCCCCACUUCAAGUAAAUGCAUUUAUCUUGCACUGAGAUUGGAUUAAAUACUGGCUUAAGGAA